GGCUGAAACAGUUGAGUCUGAAGUUCAUGUGAGAGCAGCUUGCUGGCUUUUUCAGAAGCGCUUGCCGGAGCCAACUCCAUUACAGCAAAAUGGCCAUUCUGUUUGGAUUAUACACCCUGGGGAGCAUAACUUCAAUCAUCCUGCUUAUUCUGCUGGCAUGCCUCACAUUUCAACCACUUAAAAGGUAUAUACACAAAUGGAAUGAGAUGAGGCCAAUUCCAGGAAUGGAGGGGGCCUUCCCAAUCAUUGGCAAUGCUUUGCAGUUCAAAGCCAAUGCAGCAGAGUUCUUCAACCAGAUUGUUCAGGGCACCAAUGAGAACAGGCACCAGCCUCUGGCGAAGGUUUGGGUAGGACCUGUCCCCUUCCUCGUCUUGUUUCAUGCAGAGACCAUCGAGGCUGUCCUAAGCAGUUCCAGACACCUCGACAAAUCCUUUUCAUACACGUUCCUCCAACCAUGGCUCGGCACAGGUCUACUGACCAGCACAGGAGACAAGUGGCGCAGCCGACGCAAAAUGCUGACCCCGACGUUCCACUUCUCCAUCCUCGCCGACUUCCUGGACGUGAUGAACGAACAGAGUGAUAUUUUGAUCCAGAAGAUGCAGAAGCACGUAGGCGGAGAGCCAUUCAACUGCUUCAGCUAUAUCACUCUCUGUGCUCUGGACAUCAUAUGCGAGACUGCAAUGGGCAGAAGGAUCUACGCUCAGAGCAACGCUGACUCAGAAUAUGUGCAAAGUGUGUAUAAGAUGAGUGACAUCAUCACUCGGAGACAGAGAUUCCCAUGGUGGUGGCCUGAGUGGAUCUAUAACACGUUUGGAGAGGGUAAAGAACACGCCAGACGCCUGAAGAUCCUGCACUCCUUCACUUCCAGUGUGAUCAAAGAGAGAGCGGAGCACACGAGUGAAGGAUCAGACAGUGAGUCAGAUCACCGCUCCAGAAAGAGAAGGGCCUUCUUGGACAUGCUAUUAAAAACCACAGAUGAAGCCGGCAGAGCGUUGAGUCAUGAGGACAUUCAGGAGGAAGUGGACACCUUCAUGUUUGAGGGUCACGACACUACAGCAGCUGCUCUAAACUGGACUUUACAUCUAAUCGGCUCUCAUAGAGACAUCCAGAAUAAACUGCAGGCAGAGCUGAAGGAGGUGUUCGGAUCAUCAGACCGUCAUGUGGGGGUGGAGGACCUGAAGAGGCUGCGUUACCUGGAGUGUGUCAUUAAGGAGAGUCUGCGUAUCUUCCCCUCCGUGCCGUUGUUUGCGCGCAGCAUCUGCGAGGACUGUCACAUAAACGGGUUUAAAGUCCCGGAAGGUGUGAACGCUGUGAUCAUCCCGUACGCUCUUCAUCGAGACCCCCGCUACUUUCCAGAGCCUGAGGAGUUUAGACCCGAUCGUUUCCUGCCGGAGAACAGUGUAGGAAGACAUCCAUACGCGUACAUCCCGUUCUCCGCAGGCCCCAGGAACUGCAUCGGCCAGCGCUUCGCACUGAUGGAGGAGAAGGUGGUUCUUGCCACAGUGUUGCGUCACUUUGACGUGCAGGCGUGUCAGAGCCGCGACGAUCUGCGGCCCCUGGGGGAGCUCAUCCUGCGUCCAGAGAAGGGCAUUUGGAUCAAACUGCGCAGGAGGGCCAACUGAUCCCCACACACUAAAUCCUGCAUGCAGGCUUUUCAUGCAGUGAAGUCGUUUUUUUUUUGUCUGUGGUAAAUUAUAGUCUGCGCAGACACAUAAACGACAAACAUGAAGCACAGCAAUUCUCUAGUCCUCUAUCUGAGAGUCAUGCCCUUUAUGAUGCUUUCUGUUAGAAUCCGUUGUUUACCUUGUCCUGCAGUGAGAGCUGGAGUUUACAGUAAUGUGGUGUCACAUUCUUCAGUGUACUGUAUGCACUGUACUCAGGGGUUCAAAUCCCAGCGCAUCCAGAACAGAAACUCAACAUGGAAAUCUAAUUUAAUGGUUUUUAAAAAGUUUAAUCACAUUUAUAAAUAAAAAUAAGCUGCUGCGUUUAAAUAAAUGACUGAAUAUUGUUACUUUA